CCUCAACAUCCACGACGACGACGAAAUGCCCGACUAGACUAUCCUGGACGAUGCUGCCGCGACGCCGCUGAAGGAUUCGGAAUUCAGGCAUACGGCCAACAACGGAACUAGUAUUCGGAAUUGCUCCUUUGCUCAGCACCAUGCGUAUCAGCCUAACGCUGGAGAACAACGGUUCCGUCGCAAGGGACCAUCUAGCCUCAGAGAGGACUUUUCUUGCAUACGUACGAACUUCUCUCGUCCUCGCCUCUACUGGCGUCGCUCUCGUCCAGCUAUUUUCCAUCUCAUCCAGCACGACUUCCAAUGUCACCACCUUUUCGCCGACAAGCGAUGCAACUCACCGCUAUGCUCGCCCGCUGGGAGCCACAGCCGUGCUACUGUCGCUUGGGAUACUGGGCGUAGGGAUGACGAGGUACUUUUCGAUACAAGAAGCCUUGACAAGGGGGAAUUAUCCGGUAGCGCGGUCGUUCAUCGCAAUCAUCGUGACCUCUUUGGUGACGCUCAUUGCGUUGAUAUUUGCCUUCGUACUGGUAUCGAAAAAAUAAGCCGUUCUGCCUUCAAGGCCGUGGCCCCAUCGUGUCCCCCUUUUCCCUCCCAAUGCCAUCCAGUCCGAAACUAGAACACGCACUGUAUUGACACCCUUACUCUCCGUCUCCCUUGAUUCAUGUCAUACAGUUACAUCUGGCACCAUGUUUCCCAAUAGCUCCUGUGCGGCUUUCAUCAGGGACCAGUGACUGGUACCACCACACUACCACCACCACCAUAGACUCGGCAAUCCUUUGUGUAUAAUUUUAUCGCUCUGUAAUAUCUGCCAUGCUUUUCAGUCCUUAUUACAUCAAUUAUCAUCGUCAUCGCUGCACAUUCCUCUCUUAUCUUUACCUCUUUCUCUCCUCUUCUGUCUAUUUUGAAAUGGUAUCGUUUUAUGCCGCUAUUAGAACGGAAAAAGUUUACACACUCAUCCCUUGUUAAU